AUGCGGGUCUCUACCGCCCGCAAGAUCGUGGCCCUGCCCAAGCAGGGCGCCGACUACCUCCCACUCGAGCCCUUUGCCGCCAGCCUCCCACGGCCAGCCCAGACUCAGAGGCAGCAACCACGGCCACUGGCCAAACUACCCACCAGCGUCGUCCUGCGCUCCCUCGCCGUCAACUACGCCAUGUCCUCCCCUCUCCUCAACAGCGUCUCCAUGGCUGUCCUCCGCCGCGCUGUUCACCCCACAAACGCCCUCUUCGACACGGCCAAGAACCCUCUCCUCCGCUUCCUCCUCAGGGCCUUCGCCUACGACCAGUUCUGCGCGGGCAUGAGCCCCGGCAUGGUCCAACGGCGCAUCUCUGGACUCAAGGACAUGGGCUACCGCGGCGUCAUUCUCUGCUACGGCAAGGAGACUGUCAUCAAGGGCGGUGCCGCCUCUACCCAAGACAAGAUCAAGUCUCUCAUGUACGGACCGCAGGAGACCCUCAUGGUCGAGCAGUGGAAGGAUGGUCUGCUCAAGACGCUUUCGUGCCUCGGUGCAGGUGACUUCCUCGCCAUCAAGGUGACCGGUGCCGGGCCCAUGGCGCUCGAUGCCCUCAAGGCCGGCGAGUCCAUGCCCGCCCCCCUCCAGGCGGCCAUGGACGAGGUGUGCGCCUUGGCCUCAUCCCAGGGCGUCCGCUGCUGGCUCGACGCCGAGCAGGCCAUGCUCCAGGGCACUAUUGACGAGUGGGCCAUUGCUCUCAUGCGCAAGCACAACAAGCACGGCGUUGCCGUCAUGUCCAACACCAUCCAGGCCUACCUCAAGGCGGCUCCCGCCAACGUCAAGCGCCACGUCGAGCUGGCCUCCGAGGAGGGCUGGACCCUCGGCAUCAAGCUCGUCCGCGGCGCCUAUAUUGACACCGACCCCCGCCACCUCAUCCACGACACGGCCCAGGACACCCACAACUGCUUUGACGAGAUUGCGCGCGGCCUCAUCUCCUGCGACAUCCCCGAGGGUGGCCAGGCGACCUUCCCCACGACCCAGCUCUUCAUGGCCACCCACAACGCCGAAUCUGUCCGCAAGGCGCUCACGCUCCAGCGCGAGCGCGUCGAGGCCGGCCAGCCCUGCGCCCUGCUCGAGUUUGGCCAGCUCCAGGGCAUGGCCGACGACGUGUCCUGCGAGCUCCUUGAGGAGUGCGGCCACAACAGCGGACCCAACGCGCCUGGCGUCUACAAGUACCUCACCUGGGGCACCCUGACCGAGUGUCUCGGCUACCUGUACAGGCGAUCGCUCGAGAACAAGGGCAUGGCCGCGCGGGCGGGCGAGUUGGCCGGCGCCAUGGGCAAUGAGCUCUGGCAGCGUGUCAAGACGCUCAAGUUCUAA